AUGGCUCCUCAUCAGGUCCACAAUGGUCGGCAGCAGCGGGAGCAGCAGAAGCAGAAGCAGGGCUCUUCGGCAGGAGGCGACGGCGGAUUGGGAGGACUAGGCAAGACUCCCAAGAACUGGAUCAUGGGUAACGAGGCGUUUGAGGCGAGGAUGCCUCAUCAUGAGGGGAUCAAGGCACUGUGGGAGACCAAGUGGAAGUUCCCAUGCUCCAAAUCCCUCUACCCCUUCCACGACGGUCUCUACGAGGACUUCGCCGCCUCCUUCGACGCCCUCAUCAAGGCCAACCUCAACGACAUGACCUCCCCCGAGUGGACCAGAACCUUCCUCUCCACAGGCAUAGCCGAACAGCUCAUCAUCGACGGCAACCGAGUCAUGACCCAGCACGACAAGCUUCCCCGCAUCGAGGCAUUCCAGAGACGUCAACUCCGCGAGCAGGCCUCGGCGCUCUACCUCCGCGCCUGCUGCAUCUACCGCAUCGCCCGUUUCCCCUACAUCACCUCUUUUCCCAACGUCAACGACCAGGAGAAGUGGAACGCUUGGGAGAAGCAGAAGGCAGCUUACCUGAUGGCCGGCGAAUUGUGGGAGGACACUCCCCUGCAGGAGAUCAACGUCCCCUUUCUUCAAAGAAAGGCGGCACAGGGCGAGAAGGAGAGCAUUCCCGUCUACGUCCGGCUUCCGUCCAGUUAUCGCGGAGACGGUGGUUCUCCCGUCGUCAUCCUCAUGACUGGUCUCGACGGGUACCGUCCCGACAACACGGUUCGGUGCAACGAGUUUUUGGCGAGGGGAUGGGCCGUCGUGGUCGUGGAGAUCCCCGGAACGGCGGAUUGUCCUGCCGACCCCGCGGACCCGGAGAGCCCCGACAGGCUGUGGGAGAGUCUGCUGCAGUGGAUGGACACGUACAACCAGAAACCGCAUCCGACCUACGAGGAGGAGUGGAUCAAGACGUUUGAUAUGAAGAGGGUCAUGGUUUGGGGCCUGAGUGCUGGUGGGUAUUAUGCGGUCAGGAUCGCGCAUACGCACUCUCGUAGACUGGCGGGCGUGGUGGCGCAGGGGGCGGGGGUGCAUUAUUUCUACGAUCAGAAGUGGUUGGAGAGGGUGGAUGGGCAUGAGUAUCCUGCUCAACUCACUCCUGCUUUUGCUAUGAAGCAUGGAUACAACUCCGUCAAGGAGUUCAAGGCUGGGGUGCAGAAGAAGUUCUCCUUGUUGGAGAACGGGAUCUUGAAUAAGCCUUCGACUAGGCUUUUGUUGAUCAACGGUACCCAAGAUGGUCUGAUGCCCAUCGAGGAUUCCAUGAUGCUGAUGGAAUACGGCUCGCCCAAGGAGGCCCGUUUCUUCACUGGUGCUUUGCACAUGGGAUAUCCCCUGGCCAACUCGGCGGUCUACCCUUGGAUGGAGAGCGUGAUCCGCUCGGUUAGAGGUUAA